AUGUCGUCGCCGGCAGGGCAUUCAAAAUCUGAUGAUAAAUCCGACAUGACUAAAGCCGCCGUCACCACCACCACCACCAACCCCACCAGCCCCACCAAUUCUGACAAUUCCGUCAAGACUUACAAGAAAAAGAUGUCAAUCCUUCCAAAGAUCUUUAGUUCCAAGCGAAACUCUAGACAAAACUCAGAAGAUGAUUUGUUACAAUCAGAUGCAGCUAUUCUUGAAUUUGAUGGGAAAAUUACAUCAAGAAGCAAAGCUUUCCUGGAAACUUCUCCUGUCAUCAGAAAAAGUUUUUCAGAAAGACACAAAGGUCAUGGGAUUGAAGGGCUAAACCUAUCAACUUUUGAACAUUCGAUGGCACCGGAGACUGUAGCUAGAGAUUUCCGGGUAUUUGUCGCGACGUGGAAUGUGGGAGGCAAGACUCCCCACCAUGAUCUUGACCUUGAAGAUUUCUUGCAAGUGGAAGGAUCCUCAGACAUAUAUGUCUUGGGGUUUCAGGAAAUUGUUCCCCUAAAUGCAGGAAAUGUACUUGUGAGUGAAGACAAUGAACCUGCAGCAAAAUGGCUAGCCCUUAUAAGCCAAGCACUUAACAAACCACACCAUGACUCCAUGAACCCUAACUCUGAUUCAAGCCAUGGUUCGAAACACUCACACACUAGUUCGAAGGACUCUAAGUCCCAUUUCUUCCAAAAGCCAUCACUAAAAGUCCUCAGUAAGAGUCUCAAGGUGGACAGCAGUCUUGUCAAGGCCUGCAACUGCCCUCUGGGCUCGUUGGUCCAAAACAGGCGGAGGCCAAGAAGUGAACCCUGCACUUCUCCUUACAUCGCUCGCAAUCCUGAUAUUGAAGACUUGCUUUCAAUUGCAGAAAUACCUACCUCACCUUCCUCGCCUAACGGGAUGAAUUACCGCAUUAUAGCAAGCAAGCAGAUGGUAGGGAUAUUCCUUUCUGUCUGGGCUCGAAAAGAAUUAGUUGAACACAUUGGCCAUCUCAGAAUUUCCUGUGUAGGGAGAGGAAUCAUGGGCUAUCUUGGCAACAAGGGGUGUAUAUCCAUAAGCUUGUCAUUGCAUGAAACAAGCUUUUGCUUCGUGUGCAGUCACUUGGCGUCGGGGGAGAAAGAGGGGGAUGAGCUGAAGAGGAAUGCCGAUGUGUCUGAAAUCUUAAAGGGCACACAGUUUCCCAAGAUCUGCAAGAAUCCAGUUCGUCGAAUCCCGGAAAGAAUUAUGGAUCAUGAUCGAUUAAUUUGGCUUGGGGACUUAAAUUAUCGGGUGGCUUUGAGCUAUGACGAAACUAGGGUUUUGUUGGAGGACAAUGACUGGGACUCCCUCCUAGAAAAAGAUCAGUUGAACAUGGAGAGAGAAACAGGAAGAGUGUUCAGUGGGUGGAAAGAAGGAAGGAUUUUCUUUGCCCCCACUUACAAGUACUCACAUAAUUCAGACUCCUACGCCGGAGAGACCGUCAAGUCCAAGAAGAAACGCCGAACCCCUGCAUGGUGUGACAGGAUAUUGUGGUAUGGCAACGGCAUUGAACAAUUAUCGUAUAUACGUGGGGAAUCAAGAUUUUCCGAUCAUAGGCCAGUUUGUGCGGUGUUUGCAGUGGAGGUGGAAACGAGGAACAGAAGCACAAAGUUCAGGAAAGCUUCCACAAGAGCAGAUUAUGAAGACUGCAUACCUAAAAGGCAUAGCCUCUAUGAGUUCUAA